CCGGCGGCGCCCAGCGCCGAUUGGCCGGUGGCGGCCGCCAGUCACGGCGCGGCGCGGCCGGCAUGCGGGCUAUGAGCCCCGCGCCGCGCAGCCCUGACCUACUAACACACAUCCCUCCGCGCCGCCGCCGCGCGCUCCCGCCCGCCGCUCCGCCGCCGCCCGCACGGCGCGGCACCGCUCCGCACCGCGCCCGCGCCGCUCCGCCGAGCCCAGCCCCGGCGCGACGUGGGGAAUGCUCGGCGCUCCGCGCCGCGCUGCAGGUUUUUGAGAAGAAUUCCAUUGAAUCUGCUAAGAAAAUUCGUUCUAGACAGACACUUCUGUCUGAGAUUAUGAAAGAAAAGGAAGAAUGUGUGUGGAUUUAAAAUUUCUGUAUUCAUCAAGUUGUGGAGUGAGAAGUACUGGGGAGAUAGCUUGCUCUGUUGCUUGUUGUAGAUCUUCUACGAAUUGUUUCUGAUGCAGCUGAGAAAAAUGCAGACCCUUAAAAAGGAGCACGGACCUGUUGACACAAGUAGCAAUGUGGACAAAAUCAUGGUACUUAAGUCAACCUUAGCAGAAGUAUCUGAAGAAUUGUCUACAAAUGAAGAUAUUCUACUUACUGAAGCAAGUAGUGGAAAGAGCAAAUCUUCAGCUUGCCGGAGAAAGCGAGAAUUCAUUCCAGAUGAAAAGAAGGAUGCGAUGUAUUGGGAGAAAAGGCGGAAAAAUAAUGAAGCUGCCAAAAGAUCUCGUGAAAAGCGACGACUGAAUGACCUUGUCUUAGAGAACAAACUAAUUGCACUGGGAGAAGAGAAUGCCACUUUGAAGGCAGAGCUGCUUUCACUGAAGUUAAAGUUUGGUUUAAUUAGUUCUGCGGCCUAUGCCCAAGAGAUACAGAAACUCAGCAGCUCAACAACUGUGUAUUUUCAAGAUUAUCAGAGUUCAAAAUCUAAUAUUAACUCAUUUGUCGAUGAACACGAACCAUCUAUAGUUGGUAGCAGUUGUAUUUCUGUCAUUAAGCAUUCUCCUCAAAGCUCAAUGUCUGAUGUAUCUGAAACAUCAACUGUAGAGCAUACCCAACCAAGUCGUAUACAAAGCAACUGUAGAAGUCCUGAAAAUAAAUUCCAGAUUAUAAAGCAGGAGCCCAUGGAAUUAGAGAGAGAGCCAAGAGAUGACAGAGGUUCAUAUAAAGCAUCCAUAUAUCCAAAUUACAUGGGAGCUACCUUUAAUGUGUACUCACAUUCUCCUCCUCUCUUGCAAGUUAAUAGGUCCUCCAGUAAUUCUCCGAGAACGUCAGAAACUGAUGAUGGUGUAGUUGGAAAGUCAUCUGAUGGAGAAGAUGAACAGCAGGUUCCUAAGGGUCCAAUUCAUUCCCCAGUUGAACAUAAAAAUGUUCAUGCAACAGUUAAAGUUCCAGAGGUGAAUUCUUCAGCUUUGCCUCACAAGCUUCGAAUCAAAGCCAAAGCCAUGCAAGUUAAAGUGGAAGCAAUGGAUAAUGACUAUGACGCAACACAGAAAUUGUCGUCGCCCAUUGACAUGUCCUCAAAAAGACAUUUUGAGCUUGAAAAACAUGGUGCGCAAAACUUGGUGCAUUCUUCUCACACUCCUUUCUCGGUUCAAGUGACUAAUAUCCAAGACUGGUCACUUAAACCAGAACUCUGGCAUCAGAAGGAACUCAACGUUAAAAUUCAGAGUGGUUGCAAAACUGGAGUUGUUGAAAUAAAAGACAAUAUCUACAAUGUCUCUGAGUCAGAGAACCUCUAUUUGAAGCAGGGCAUAGCAAACUUAUCUGCAGAGGUUGCUUCACUUAAAAGACUUAUAACUACACAAAUCUCUGCAUCAGACUCUGGUUAAUUUACUACUGAAAAAAGGCUUAUUGUUUCAAAGGGUGUCAUUUGCAGUAGAUCAAUAUGUUUUGUAUGAUGCUGAAUUUCCACUGGACUUGUGAUGUCAUUUCACUGUAAUGUUCACAUAAUGUCUGAUUGGUGUCUUUUUGUGCACAAAAUAUUAUGAAGACUAGGUUGUGCUAUGAUCACUAUGCCUUGAGUAUAGUCAAGUAGCCUGUACAAAGGCUGUAUAUAGUGGACUUUAUUUCUUUUUGUUCUACUACAAAGUGUGCAAGUUACCAGUUACAAUAAAAUAUUGGUGACAAACAUAGAACAUCUACUCCAGUUCAGUUGAUUUUAUGAACUUGUAAAUAAGUUGUUAAUGAAAAACUGGGUUUUUUCUUACACUGUGCUCAAUUUCUCUUAUGUUUUUGGUUUUUACAGCCUAACAACCAAAUUACAAUUUACAACAUGUGUGAUCCUUCUGGCCACCUUUAUCCUUAACAUGUUUUUUAGAAGAGACAUAAAGUGAAUAUUUAUAAAUGAAACAGUACCAAUUUAUAGCCUUAGCCUUCUUUAACUUAUUUCUUAGUAGGAAUUAACCAAAACCCCUACAAAUUCUAACCCAGUAACUAAUAUCAACAAUGUUUUUUUCCUCCUUCAAUCUUAAAUGAGACAGUAAUGAGUUUCCUGAAUGUUUUAGUGUGACAAACAAUUUUUCAAUAUUAUAACUCGGUGUUUUAGGUGAAAUUAGUUAAGUCAGAUUGUUGCAUCUGCAAAGUUUUCAGAGCCUUGCAGUGACAGAAUUGGACAGAACCAUCUCUGCCAAGGGGUGGCUUGUGUCUGCAAGGGGUGCAGUCAUGGAGAGUCCACCCCUCUUGCAUACCAGCUUUCUGUCCAUGGCAGACCAUGGGCCACCUGUACAUGAAGUAUAAGGCUACUGGAUUUGAAAACUCUGAGCUCAGCUAGGUAAAUACUUACACAAAGGCUAGGCAAUAGCAGUUGCAGAGUUAAAGAAGAUCAUCUGCUAUUUUAGUUCCCAGAAUGGGACACAAUGCAAUUAUGCAUGAAGUAAGUCUUGCCAGCAACUUGUCCCUAGUUUCAAUGGUUUAAUUAACUGAACUGGAAUACCUUGGCUUGCUAAAGGGCAUUUUGCAAGAACUUCUCAAAUGUAAAAGAGACUGUGUGAAGAACUGCACAAUCUAAACACUGCUAGCCCCUUACAACUUAUGCCAAUGAUGAGUUCUUCACUUGAUGACUGGACAGGGCUGUGGUGCUCUUUGUCUUUCAGAAGAGCCAUUGAACCAUGGAGUCUAGAAUUGCAUCACAUUUCCUUGGUUUGGCUUACCAAAAUCUUUCAUUUUAAAACUAAGAAUAAUUUAUAAAUAGAGCAUAAACUUGGCAGAGGUUCUUUUCAUGAUACUUCCCCCUUCUUUUAACAUACUAAUAAAUCAGACUAACAAAUAAGCUCUUUCUGAAAAGGCUUUUUAUUAAUUGCUAUACUGUAUAAUGAACUGAACCUUUCCAUAGGCUUAAAAUACUAAAUAACAAAACAAUAUGUAGGUAUUGUUUUUUUAAAUUAAUACUUGACUUGAGUGAGAGGAAGUUUGUCAAUUUUUUUGGGGAUACGAAGAGGAGUCUGAGUCACUCCUGAUAGCUCUGAAGCUUGGUCCAGCAGUCAAGGCAAUGGCAGAACUCCCUGAUGUCAGUGAGGACAGGAUUUGAUUCUGUGCCUUUUCAGGAACUGAUGAUUCAGUUGUGUUCUGGGAGGACCUUCGCACAGAAAUCACUGGUACUUUCUGAGCUUUUUUGAGCCUUUUAACUGCUGUGCUGUAUUUGUGGCAUUCAGAGUUGAUAAACUGCUAUUCUUUUUUCAUGCCUUAAUAAUACAAUAGAUCCCAUAGCUGGGCUCUGUAUGUAUUUGGUAAUUAACAUAGAUGACAUUUCAAUGUUACUGAAAAUAAGCUCAGGAUUAUUGCAUGAAAUGUAAAAAUUUGCAUUGAAUGAUGGGGAUAUGAGACAUGAGGCAGUGAUUGCUACUGUCUCCUUGCUUGCUAAGUAUCUUCUGUAAGCAACAAUAAAAUUCUUUAAAUAUUUUGCGUAUUAUUUAUCACAUGUAAUGUGUUCAAGGAGAGGACUUAAAACUCUCAGUGUUGCCAUCAGUGUAAGCCUAGAUCUAUUGGUUUUUUUUUUCCAUUUCUUGUUAGAAUUGUUUGUCAUAAUGGAAGAAUGUUGUCCUCUUUCUAGCUCAUUAUAUAUUUUGUGUAUCUGUUUUGUGCAAUUAAUACUUAACAGUAAUGAUGUAGUUAAUUUGUUGAAGGAUGUCAUUGCAAGAAAGUUAUAGCAUGGAGCUUAGGAGCACAAUCAGAUGUUAUUUAUACUCCCUUUAUACCUUAGUGUUAUGCUUCAUUUGAAGAAAGAAAUAAAUAAUUUGUCUUUUGUUCAAAACGAGA